GUAUUCCAGCUGAACAAUGCUCCAGCGGGGCGUUGGCACGUGCGUGCGCCAGUAUCUGCCGCUGAUACUGCUGCUAGUGCACGUGGGGUGUGGAUCCGUUGAGGGGAAGCGUGAAAUACCCGUCGGCGCCAUCUUUCAUCAGGUACCGGACCACAGCUAUGAGUCGGAGAUUGCUUUCCGUUACGCGAUCGAGCGCGUUAAUAUGCACGAGAAACAUUUCGAGCUCGUCCCGAUCGUACGUUACGUGUCGCCGGAGGAUAGCUUCAAGACGGAGCGCAAAGUGUGUGAGCUAGCGGCGGAGGGUGUGACCGCUGUGUUUGGACCAUCCUCCAUACUGACGUCCGGUAUUGUUGGUUCAAUCUGCAAAACACUUGAGAUCCCACACAUCAUCACACACUGGAACCCGGAACCGCUCGGUGGCAUUGAUCCAGAGCUACAGGCGAUGACGAUCAAUCUCUACCCGGAAGCGGACGUACUGUCGCGUGCACUGGCGGACCUGAUCGUCGACUACAGCUGGAAGAGCUUCACCAUUAUUUACGACUCGGACGAAGGGUUGAUGCGGUUGAAGGACAUCCUGCAGAUACAUGGACCUAGCGAUGCACCCAUCACGGUCCGUCAGAUUGAUGACGAUCCCGACUAUAGGCCGUUACUGAAAGACAUCCAAUCGUCCGGCGAGUCACACAUCAUACUCGAGAUACGUCCCGACCGUAUACUGGAGCUGCUGCGGCAAGCUAAAGAGGUGAAGAUGCUGGAAGAAUAUCAAAGCUACAUAAUUACCUCGCUCGAUGCGCACACGAUCGACUUUGAGGAGUUGCGGUACUCGCGCUCCAACAUUACCGCCCUCCGCCUAAUGGACACGAAAAGCUUCGACAUCAAGAACGCCGUCCACGACUGGGAACAGGGCGAGGCACGCAUGAAACGACAGUUCCGCGUAUCGCCGGAGCACGUCCACACGGAGUCCGCACUCUACAACGAUGCGGUUAAAAUCUAUGCCACAGCGAUCCGGGAGCUGGACGCAACGGAAGAGAUCACACCAUCGCGACUUUCGUGCGGCAGCAAGAAUCUUCGUCAAUGGCCGUUUGGUUUGCGGAUCAUCAACUACAUGAAGGUGAAAACCGAGCACGGCAUUACGGGCCCUAUUAUAUUCGAUGAUUUCGGACGGCGAGCUCACUUCCAUCUUGAUAUUAUUGAGCUGAGCAAGGACGAGGGUUUCAAAAAGAUUGCCACCUGGGAUCCAACGCACGGUGUGAACUAUACGCGCAGUCAGGGUGAGGUUUACUCGCAGAUCGUUGAAUCGUUGCAAAAUAAAACCUUCAUCGUGGCGUCCCGCAUCGGUGCACCGUUUCUUAUGUUCAAGGAGAAAAAAGAUGGCGAAUUUCUCGAGGGGAACAAUCGAUUCGAGGGCUACUCACUGGAGCUUAUUGAUGGGAUUUCGAAGAUUCUUGGCUUUCAGUACCGGAUGGAGCUGGUGCCGGAUGGGAAGUAUGGUUCGUACAACAAGGUCACCAAAAAGUGGGAUGGUCUCGUAAAGCAUCUGCUAGAUCGUAAGGCCGAUCUUGCUGUUUGCGACUUGACAAUCACGUACGAACGCCGAACGGCUGUAGACUUUACGAUGCCUUUCAUGACUUUAGGCAUCAGUAUAUUGUACGCCAAACCAGUCCAGCAGCCAAAGGAUCUAUUCUCCUUCCUGUCUCCACUCUCCCUGGACGUCUGGAUCUAUAUGGCGACCGCUUACCUUGGUGUUUCGGUGCUGCUGUUCGUACUGUCGCGCAUGGCACCGGCCGAUUGGGAAAAUCCACAUCCCUGCAAGCAAGACAACGAUGAGGUGGAAAACAUCUGGGACAUGUUUAAUGCGCUCUGGCUGACGAUGGGCUCGAUCAUGGGGCAGGGUUGUGACAUCCUGCCGAAAGCCAUCUCAACACGUCUGGUCGCCGGUAUGUGGUGGUUCUUCGCGCUUAUCAUGCUGUCGUCGUACACCGCCAAUCUGGCUGCUUUCCUCACGAUGGAGCGCAUGGAUGCAACGAUCGAGUCGGCCGAAGAUUUGGCGAAGCAGAGCAAAAUUAAGUACGGUGUCGUUAUGGGUGGCAGUACGAUGGCUUUCUUUCAGACGUCUAACUUUUCCACCUACCAGCGUAUGUGGGCUUCAAUGGAAUCGGCACGCCCAUCGGUCUUUACCAAGAGUAACGAUGAGGGGCGUGAUCGUGUGAUCAAGGGCAAGCGUAUGUACGCUUUCCUAAUGGAGUCAACGUCGCUCGAGUACAUUACCGAGCGGUACUGCGAUCUGACGCAGAUUGGCGGCUUGCUCGACUCGAAGGGAUACGGUAUUGCGAUGCCCGUCAACUCACCUUACCGUACAGCAAUCAGUGGUGCGGUGCUGAAGAUGCAGGAAGAAGGUAAACUCUACCAGCUCAAGACACGCUGGUGGAAGGAGAUGCGCGGUGGUGGUCAGUGUACCGAAAUCCCCAACUCGUCACAAGAGAACGAGCUCGGUAUCGGCAACGUGGGUGGUGUGUUUGUUGUCCUAGCGCUUGGUUGUUUGUGUGCGUUUAUCAUAGGCAUCCUAGAGUUCCUGUGGAACGUGCGCAAGGUGGCAGUGGAGGAGAAGGUGACGCCUUGGGAUGCCCUUAAGGCAGAGCUCAAGUUUGCGCUCAGCAUCUCCGUCACGUCCAAGCCAGUGCACAAUACGCUCAGCGAAUCGACAGCCAGCGGGAAGAGUUCGUUGCGCUCGAAAUCGGAGUCCAGGCGUGGAUCGGAGUCGGUUGGACGUGUGAACAACGUGCGCACGGCGGCUAGUCUUAGCAAUAUCGACAAGAUUGGGUUCGUGUUUGACAAGAAUUAGCG